CACACAAAACAUAAAAAAACAUGAGCGGUUGGUAAGUUAAACUCAUUGGAAUGUUAAAAACAAAAAAAAAUCUCAUAUGGUUUAUUCCUUUCGUGGCAUCAGAGCGGCAUAUUGUUCUAAGCCCUCCAUUAGCUUGUGUUCUUCCUGAAAUUAGUCAGAAAAUGGAACUCCAAAUCUCUGAUAAUUUCUUCCGAUAUUCAAAUCCUUCUUUCUCACCUUCUCUUCCUGCAAUCAAUUUCAGAUCUUCACCUCUUAAAAAUCCAAUCUUUUUCCAUUUUAAGAGUCGAAAAUGGUGUUGGACUUCGAAAAUUAUUCCGCACUGUAGUAAUUCAAUCUCUGCUUCUUCCGCUUCGAACACUGAGAGUUACGGUGGAUGGGAAGAUCUCAAGCCCAUUGAAGACUCAACUCGUUCUGGUAAGUUGGGUCAAUUUCAAAGCUUUCUGAUUUCUGUUGGAAUCGAUGAUAGAAAGCAUCUGAUAAUGUUUCUCCUUGGGCUUGUUUCCGCUUUGGCUAUUUCUAGGGUUAAGGUUUCUUCUCUUCUAGUUUUUCCAGCUUCUAUUUUGGUUUUCGCGGCUGGGUUUUCUUUGGGGUUUGUUCGUGUUGACGAAAUUAGUACAUCGUUGAAGGAUGUAAAUGGAAAGGGAACUAAGAGAACGCCUAUGGAAGAGAAUUCUGGGAUCUCUGAUGAUAGAUUGAAGAAAUUGGUGGAUUUUUUCAGGGAACUGGAUACUAAGUUAACCAAUUUGACAAACGAGAUGAACGAUACUAUAGAUUCUAAUCACAUUGAGUUAGAUGAUUUAGAAAGUUAUCUAGAGGUAAUCAAAUCCAUCAGCUUAUCUGCCUUGCCAGCUAAAAGUGUUGUGGAAGCUUCUCUCAAUAAUAUUGGGUUUUCGGGUAGUGGCGAUUCCAGUAGUAUAUUGGUGGAGGACCGAGAAGUUGAGAGAAAUUCCAAUCAGAAACCAAGUAAAAGAAGGAAGGGAUUGAGUUCGUCUGGUUUUGAUAUCUUCCACUUUCUUGGGGGCUUCUUUAAAGAAAAUUCAGUUGGAAUGAAGCAUAAUAAAGUGAAAGAUCUUGCUAAGACAAAGCAUUCCGAGCCAUUGUAUUCAAAAGAGUUAAAUGAUCAACUUCGUAGAAGUGUCUCGGCUCACGGAGUUGAAGAUAAGGUCAUAAAUCCAGUUGCCAGCAGUAGCAGCGAAGAAAUGAAUGCUUAUUCUUCUCCAACUUUGGAUCAAGAUGACUCUGAAAAAUUAGGUGAAUUGGUCAGAAAAUUGGAACGAAGUCCAGGGAAGGCAAAUCCUAAUUUUCUAGAGACAAACAGGAAGUUCAAGGGAGUAUUCAACAGUGAGGAGGAGUUCAAUUAUCCUAACAGUAGUAUAAAUUUCAUGAACAAUCACAGAAUACUGUUGAAAAUGGGGCAUCAAAGGGAACACAGAAGCUGCCUGCCCUAUGAUGAUCUUUAUGAUCAAGAAGAUCUGUGUGUAAAUUCAGGAUAUAGGAAAAUUGGGUUCAAUUCAUUAAGUAUGGAAGCUGAUGCAUCCCUGCAGCAUGAGCAGACCAUGAAUAAAUCAAAUGGAGCUUACACACCUAAUCUCAGCAGGGAUAAAAAUGAAAACGGAACUUUCAAGUCUCAUUUUCAAGAGGAGAGAACGAAAUUAGAUGAUAAAACCCCAUUACCAUCUGCAGACAAUAUGGAUGUGGCUUCUACGUCAUCAUCUUCAAUGAUUUCAGACGAUGUGGCAUUUGAUCGGUGUCUCACAGAGGGUACUGACCUCCUUAAAAAAUCCAGGGAGCUUUUAAGAGUUAAAGGUGAUGAAGAAAGAGCUGAAGUCAUGCUGUACAAAUCUGCUAGGUUACUCUCCGAGGCCAUAGCCAUGAAACCCAUGAGUUUAUUGGCUGUGGGCCAGUUGGGAAACACUUAUCUUAUCCAUGGAGAACUCAAAUUAAAGAUUAGUCAUGAGUUGAGAACUCUGCUCUCAAGAAAAGACUCCUUUUUUGUUGGGAAACAGGGUAAAGUACAUCACAAGGGAUUGAAUGAUCCAGUUGUGAGGAAAGAUAGGAUUGUUUCUGUGCUUGUUGAUGUGUGUGAAGAGUGUGAAGAACUCCUCAUUGAAGCAGGAAGAAAGUACAGGUUGGCCUUAUCAAUUGAUGGUAAUGAUAUUAGAGCGUUAUAUAAUUGGGGUCUCGCUCUCUCCUUCCGUGCUCAGUUGAUUGCAGAUAUUGGACCUGAAGCAGCUUUUGAUGCUGACAAGGUGUAUUUGGCUGCAAUAGACAAAUUUGAUGCUAUGAUGUCUAAAAGUAAUGUUUAUGCUCCAGAUGCUCUAUUGAGAUGGGGUAUGGCAUUGCAGCAUCGAUCACGUCUGCGGCCAAACAAUAAUAAAGAGAAAAAGAAGUUGCUGCAGCAAGCAAGCAGGCUCUUUGAAGAUGCACUUAAUAUGGACUCUGAUAAUAUUCUAGCAAGGGAGGCAUUAGCAUCAUGUAUAUCUGAACUCGACUUGAGGAAUUUCUAGUUCAAUUAAACCACAAAUAGUAAUUCCAUUAUUCCAUUACUUAUUGUAAUUCCUUUAAUAGUGUAAUGUGUUUUCUACUGUCCUUUA